CACGACCCUCCCCGCAGCACCAAGAGCCGCGCGGCCGGGGCUCGGCCGGCAGUGUCGCGGCGGGCGUGGGGCGGUCAUGGUGUGCGCCGCCGCCUCCGCCGGGCGGCUGGGCCCCGCGCUGCCCUUCCUCAUCGUGCUCCUCGACCUGCGGCACCACGGAGCUGAAUGUGGAAUAAAUGCUGAUGUAGAAAAGCAACUUGAAAUGGGAAAGAAGUUACUGGCUGCUGGACAGCUAGCAGAUGCUUUGUCUCACUUCCAUGCGGCUAUAGAGGGAGACUCUGAUAACUACAUUGCUUAUUACAGAAGAGCCACAGUGUACUUAGCCAUGGGGAAAUCUAAAGCAGCAAUUCGCGACUUAAGUAAAGUGGUGGAAUUAAAGCAGGACUUCACAUCCGCAAGAUUACAGCGAGGACAAUUACUGCUCAAGCAAGGGAAGUUUGAUGAAGCAGAGGAUGACUUUAAAAACGUGCUCAAAUCCAAUCCCAGCAAUAAUGAGGAAAAAGAUGCUCAGACUCAGCUGACAAAAUCUGAUGAGCUACAGCGCCUGCAUUCCCAAGCAUUAUCUGCCUACCAGCAAGAGGAUUAUGAAGCUGCGAUCUCUCUUCUUGAUGAAAUCUUGGCAGUUUGUGUUUGGGAUGCAGAGCUGCGGGAACUUCGAGCUGAGUGUUAUAUAAAGGAAGGGGAGCCAAGCAAAGCCAUUAGUGACUUGAAAGCCGCUGCCAAAUUAAAGAACGAUAACACUGAAGCCUUCUAUAAAAUAAGCAGGAUAUAUUAUCAGCUUGGGGACCAUGAAUUAUCACUCAGUGAAGUCCGGGAGUGCCUGAAACUUGACCAAGACCAUAAGCAAUGUUUCUCUCUCUAUAAGCAAGUAAAGAAACUCAACAAGCAGAUUGAGUCAGCAGAAGAAUUCAUCAGAGAAGGCAGGUAUGAAGAUGCUAUCAACAAAUAUGACUCUGUUAUGAAAACUGAGCGAGAUGUCCCAAUUUAUGCUACUCGUGCCAAAGAAAGGAUCUGUCACUGUUUGUCCAAGAAUCAGCAGGCUACAGAAGCCAUAAAAGUUUGUACAGAAGUUCUGCAACUGGAACCAACCAACGUGAACGCCCUGAAAGACAGAGCAGAAGCUUAUUUGCUGGAAGACCUGUACGAAGAAGCUAUUAAAGACUACGAAACUGCUCAAGCCAACAGUGAAAAUGACCAGCAGAUUCGGGAGGGGCUCGAACGAGCCCAGCGGAUGUUGAAGCAAUCACAGAAGAGAGAUUACUAUAAAAUUUUAGGAGUAAAAAGAAACGCCAGAAAGCAGGAGAUCAUAAAAGCGUACAGAAAGCUGGCGUCCCAGUGGCACCCUGACAACUUCCAGAGCGAGGAAGAAAAGAAGAAAGCAGAGAAAAAAUUCAUUGAUAUAGCAGCUGCUAAGGAAGUUCUUACUGACCCGGAAAUGAGGCGGAAAUUUGACGCAGGAGAGGACCCACUGGACGCGGAGAGUCAGCAGGGUGGGGGCAACCCUUUCCACAGGAACUGGAACACGUGGCAAGGAUUCAACCCCUUCGGCUCGGGAGGAGGACCAUUUACAUUCAAAUUUCACUUCAGUUAGAGCCAGGACUGUUUUCGGGUGGCUGCUGCUGUUUUUUACUUAAUUCGUUCAAAGAAAAUAAAAACUCUCUCAGUACCAGACCCCAAAAUCUUAAUUUCUAAUGUUGUCCUUAUCCCAGAGUCUUACGGCACUAGAAGAAAGCUCCUUCUCUCUUUUAGUGCUCAAAGGGUUUGCUUUGUGGCGAGCUUGACGAGCUUAUGCUGGUGGGGGGGAGGUUGAGCAAGGGUUUUGUUACAGCCCCUGUGUUUGUUGUGGAUGCACAGGAGACAUUUGUUCAUUCCUUUGGGUGGAGAAAACAGUAAGAGGCUAUUCAGGGCAACACUUAAACGCAUCUUUAGGACUCGAUUAUAUGCUUAAAGGUAAAAAUGCAUGUAAAUAUUGCUCUGAAUCCGGGCCUAAUAAACGUGGAGCGGGUAGUUGCGGUAGUCUCUACGUUAUCACAUCGUUAGGACGAUCCCUUUCUCAGUGUUGUUUAAAGGAAACCCCAGCGACCACCUGUUGUAUUAUAUUACUGACGGCGGUGCCAUAGGCAGAGCGAGGAGGCUGAGUGAGCCUGAACAAUCUUUUAAAGAAGAUCACUUGUAAGUAACAAUGUCUGAAAAUGUCUGUUCACUUUACUCGUUAACCUGAAAUUGAGAUGAUUUCCUUGGCAGCAAUUGUCAAAUAUGGAAGUUGGAGGAAAAAAAACAAAACAACAAAACACACAAUACACCUGUUUGGUGGUUAUUUUUUUCUGAAGACUGUUUCUGUGAUUUGGAAUGUUUUAGGUAUCAUUUCUGAGUAGUUUGCACUUUAACAAAGUAUCUGCUUGAGAUCUGAGCAAAGCAGUGUGAUGUGACAUUCCCCCAGCUGCGCAGCAGUUUGGUUCUUCUCUGUACUUGUAAAACUCGGUCGACCCAGGUUGUGAGGCGAGUGUGAGAACUGCAGGAAUAAAAUACGAACUGGAGUCUUCCCCAUUUAAUGCAACUUCAUUUCGGGUUUAUUCUUCCCAUAUGCCCGCGGCUCAAGCUGGGCUCGUGCGCUGAUGGAGCUGUGUGAGCUGAGGGGCGUUGCCAGGGCUGGAGCUGCUACAAGAGAUGAAGUCUCCUCGUUUUGUAGCUGAAUACACCGAAGCUACUGGCAAGUUUCACCAGCACCCACUUUAUUAGAAUGCAGCCACGGUCAAAGCAAAUAAAGCCUUCCAUCUGCAAGGGAUUUUGAAGUAUAACUUGUCUCCUGCCUCAAGUACUUCACAAACACAAUUUUUACCAAGCCACAAGGCCUCGCAGAUUUUUCAGCAGUGAUUUAGAGGUCAGUGUUUGGUCGGCAGAGAUUUGUCUUCAAGCUGAGGAGCGCGUGUGGUGGUUCCUGACAGCUUUUGGUACAAACACGCCCCAGCAGCCUGUGAAACCCCAGCGUCAGGUAUUUUCCAAGCCGAAUGACUCCUGGAAGUUGGCUUCUGCUUUUGACCUGUCUGAAAUGUUCUUUAAACCCUGCAGAAGAUGCUGCAGAUGCUGGCUGUGCCCUUCUAAGGUCAGUGUGGUUCCCCUCGGACCCCCAGGGCUCCAGCCCUGCUGGUUGCUGCCAGUGCUCUCCUGUGUCCAUGGUCACUUGUCCUGUGCAGGCAGGGCUCUGCAGAAACAUUUUGGCAUCGCCUUGCUCGCUACAGGAGGGGCUGGUUCUGAAAUGCUGUUGAACGACCACUGUGAGCAAAAUGCUGUAAUUUUGGACAUUCAGGGGUGGUGGUCAGCUUCAACAAGUCACAGUAAAUUCCAGACAGCUAAGUUCGUGUGCCAGAGAAGUGCUAAAAAUGCUGCGUUUUAAAGGACUACCCUUCUGCAGCUUUUUGUCCUUCUCUCUUCCCAUCCUCUGUUUUAAAAACUAUGGCUGAGAGAAGCAUGCAGUUUCCCUUUUCCCUUUAGGGAAGGAGUCAGAUGGCCCCUCAUAAGUGAAUUAUUCACACAAGGCAUUGAUGUUAGAGCCGUGCAUAUUCACUGCUUUCUAAGGCAGUGGACAAAUGGGUACACGAGAAGCAGUCGGGAACAAAAAGGAUUAUGUUUAAUUCUUAUGAUGAAUGGGAAGGGGAAGAUCAUGUGUCUGGAGGGGAGGGGAAAACAGCUUGAAUCUAGGCAGUGGAAGAUUCAUGCUUGAAUGCUGUUCAGAGAUUCCUUCUGUGGAAGAGUGCCUUGAAAAUAAAGGAAAAAAACUUGAUCGAGAAUAAGGCUUUCUGAUACUCAGCAGCUGUUGGACCACUGUAAAUGUUACCACUUCUUAAAGGAGCAGAUGCUGGCUUUAAGGUACUUCUGAAAACACAAAAAAUGAAGUUGUUUUUGUUUUCUUAAAAAA